AUGCGUCCACCCCAGCUCCUUUUGUCUUGCUGGGCAGGACGAGGAGAACUGGCAGCUGCGCUCGAGCCCUGUCAGGAUGUCCUGCAAGCGUGCUGGCUGGACGGCAACGUGAGAUGGGCCAUGGCGGAGGAGCCGCUCCAUAGAGAAGUAGAUGAUAUUCCUCUGCGGGAGGCAGCGAACUCUCCGUCCAAGAGAGCGUGCGGGACAGGGCCAGGGCUGUUCUUCGCGCACGAGCUGACGAGGUUGAUGCGAGCGAACAAUCAGAAGGAGACUGCGGAGCCCCUCCGCAUAGAUCGCUGGCUACCAGGAGAAGUUCUCUUCGAGAGCAUGGUGAAGAGGACGGAGGAGGUGCUGGCAGUGACGGAGAGGGCCCAAGGCUCUCGUCCCCCCAUCUCAGGCAUCCUGUUCUAUCAGGGCGAGUCAGACGCCCUGGAGGAGACUGCGGCGCGAGCAUACCAGCACAAGCUUGUAAGGUUCAUCGACGGGGCUCGAAGAGCUCUGGGCGGAGGAGGAGCAGGAGGGCAGGCAGACACCAUCCCCGUCAUUCUCUGCAAGAUCUGGGGAGACGAGAGUCGCGUCCCUCACAAGCUCAUAGUGCGAGAGGCGCAAGAGAACGUAUGCAAGCAAGUUGAGCUCGUCGACAGUAUCGACGUAGAGGAUCUUCCCUUCCAGAGCGAUGGCCUGCACUUGAGGGCAGAGGGAGCGGAGCCCAGCAACAGCUGGCUGCAACAAGAGCAUGCAACAUAA